AUUUUGAUUUCACCGUACGAAUCAAACGUCUUGUUCACCCUCAAUAUAAUAACUCCACGGGCACCUUGCAAACUGCAAAACUUUUCCUCCUAGCUGAGAGAUGGCAAGUCUUCAGGCUGCCAGACGCCUUUCAAGGGAUCUUUUGUGUCGGGCACGAUUAAUUUCACCAGCAUCUGUAAGAGGAAUACAUUCCAAAUAUCAGCAAAACUCCAGAGCAACACAGAAACGCCCCCAAAGAAUUUGGAAGGACAACACUGUUUACCAGCUUAGAAAAUUUCAAACCAGCACAGUUUGCUGUGGGCAAACUAUUCCUUUUAAACUUGCCGAUAUUGGAGAAGGUAUCAAAGAAGUUAAUGUCAAAGAAUGGUACGUGAGUGUAGGAGACCAUGUGAAGCAGUUUGACAGUAUCUGUCAGGUACAGAGUGACAAGGCUUCUGUAACCAUUACUAGCCGUUAUGACGGAAUCAUCCGCAAACUCUACUAUGAGCUAGAUGAUGUUGCCCAGGUUGGGGAUCCACUUGUUGACAUUGAAACAGACAAGGAUACAGACUUGGAUGAGUCUGAUGAUUCCAGUUCCUCUUCCUCCUCUUCAUCAGAAGAUGAGCAACCCCAACCUCAGGUCUUCAAACAGAAAGUCCUUGCUACUCCUGCUGUCAGGAAGAUUGCCAUGGAGAAUUCAAUCAAGUUGUCUGAUGUCACUAGUACAGGUAAAGAUGGCCGUGUGUUGAAAGAGGACAUUAUGAGGCACAUACAAGGAGGAGCGCCACCUGUGGCAGCCCCUACCCCUAUCCCCACCCCUGUCGCUACGCCUGUUGCUGUCCCUACACCAGUGACUUCCCCACGUCCUGUUGUACCAGCAGUUGCUAUCCCGAUCGGAAAGGACAAGACAGAACCUAUAAAGGGAGUUAGAAAAGCCAUGGUGAAGUCUAUGACAGAGGCUAACAGUGUCCCAUUGUUUGGAUAUUGUGAUGAGAUUGAUGUGACUAGACUUGUUCUGUUGAGGGAAAGUGCAAAAGCAGUGACUGCAGCAUCAGGAAUGAAAUUCUCAUACAUGCCAUUCAUCAUUAAGGCGACCUCAAUGGCAUUACAUCAAUUUCCCAUAUUGAAUGCCUCUGUGGACAGUGGUUGUGAAAAUAUUACAUAUCUGGCUGCUCAUAACAUUGGCAUAGCUAUGGAUACCAUUGAAGGGCUAAUCGUUCCAAAUGUAAAGAAUGUACAGUCUUUGAGUGUAUAUGAGAUCGCUGCAGAGCUCAACAGGCUACAUGCAUUGGGACUGGAAGGAAAGCUGUCAACAGCCGAUAUGUCAGGAGGCACAUUUUCUUUGUCGAAUAUUGGAGCAAUCGGUGGCACUUAUGCUAAGCCAGUUGUACUUCCACCACAGGUAGCUAUAGGAGCACUUGGGAAAUUUCAGGUGCUGCCGAGAUACGACGAGGAGGGUAAUGUGAGGAAAACACAUAUUAUGAAUGUCAGCUGGUCAGCAGAUCAUCGUGUGAUAGAGGGCGCAACUAUGGCCCGAUUUUCUAACGUGUGGAAGGCCUACCUAGAAAACCCAGCAACUAUGACAAUACACUUAAAAUAAAGUGGAUAUUCUAGUUUAUUUAUACAUGUAUAAGGAAAUUUGAUCAUUCCAUCAUUUAAUCAGUAAAGCAUCAAUCCUGUUUGAGCUUAUUGUUUCAAGAUGAUGAAUGGAAAACUGAAAUAGUUUAACAUCAUCAUACUGUUUUUAUCUGGCAAUAAGCCCAUGCCUAAAAAUAAGCUUUGUCAUGCAUAUAUUGCUGUUCAAUGGAAUCGGCCAACAAAUUUCAUCUCAUUGUCCUGUAAAAAGCCCAUCGUCACGACUUUUAGACAGAGGCUAUGCGACAACCCCCUGGGCUUAUUUCAGGAUUAAUACUGUGGUUACCUUGUAGUAGUGUAUAAAACAUAAUGACAUUGUUGUUUAAGUCACCUUGAAAGUAUCUUCAUUGUUCUGAACAUGAUACAAAACAUACCAUUAUAUUAUAUUGUAUAAAGGUACAAUCAUUGUUCAGUUAGUAUCAAACUAAGUCAUGCAGCUGUAUUGAUAAACACUUUAUAAUUUAUGUAGAAUGAUGCAGAAUGCCAUUUCUGAUUUUACAGAAUGGUACUUUCAACCUACAAAAAAUGUAUUAAGAUGUUAUGUGUAUAGAGGUUGUCUUAGAGAGUAAUUCUCUCCCACACUUUUAUGUCCCUGUUUAAUUACCUGUAUGAUAAUGACAUGCAACACAGAAUAAGUUAAGAUUAACUUAAUGUAUCUAUUUUAUUAUAUUUUACCCUUUAUUAAUCAGUCUUGUUGGCCAAGGGGUGUUUCUGUGAGAGGAACCCAGAGGAGACAAAGACAACCCAUACACUAUCACUUUCUAUCAGGGAAUAAACCUAUUAAGAGUCAAGUCAGUGUGAUAUCCACUUUGCCAACCAACAACUGCUACUUUGUACUAGUAACAAGUUGCUUCUCGGUCCUUAAAGACCAUACACAAAAUGUAUCUAUAUACAUGUAUACAUGUAUAUAACUGAUAUCUAAAUCUCGGGGGACAGUCUAUAUAGAUAUUAGAAUAAAUAUGAAAACUAUUUUUAAUGUGUAAUCAAAUAACGAUAUAAAAAGGCAUGGGCUUAUCGCUGAUAAAACAUAUAGCUAUAUGUCCUUUAUAUGUCAUAAUAACUUGUUUUAUCAAACUGUAAUAUCAGUUUCCAAUAGUUUUUGUUUCGGCUGUGACGAAGUUGUGAAGCGAGGCGAUUGUGUUACUUUUCCUGGUGGUGACUGCUGCGGCGUCAACAUUUCAUGUUUAAGUUUUGCAUUUAGAUCAGUUUCUCAGAAAGUAUAAGACCAACUUGGUAUAUAGUUAGAUCACAUAGUGAACAUCUCAACAUAUCAUUAAUUUUUCGAAUAUUAUCCAAAAUUUAUGGACCAGCGACUCUGGAAAUUAGAGAUGCUGGGAAUCUGAACUUUUGAAGUUUUGUGUUUAGCUCAGUUUCUCAAAAAAGUUUCAAUGUUAUUUCCGCAAAACUUGGAUAGUAGCAUUGUAGUAUGGACAUAUCAACUCGCUGUACAGAUUACAAGAAUUUUGAUUUUUUGCUAUAUUUUUGGGACCUUAGAUUUUUAGAAAUUGAUAUAAAAUCUUUAUCAUUCCUUUCUCCUAUCGAUUAAAAAAUUGCUUCAUAGCCAAACUGAAUUCUAUCAUAUAUCAAAUGUAUUUUUCUUUCACUAUUCAGAAAGAGUAUUUUUUGGGGUAAAAAUAAGAUAUUUUGGUGAAUUUUGAGAAAUGGUGAUUUUGCAAAUUUGAUAUCGUUUUUCAAUUGCAAUGCAUCAAUAUUUACACAUGUGUUUGAUAUAAACAGGGACUUUCAUACAAUUAUUUGGAGGUGGAUUUUUUUUUUGGGGGGGGGGGUAAAAAAAAUACUGAAAUCAUUGUGAUUUUUUAGUUUGCUUAAGAUAUAAUACUUUAUAAUCUAGAUUUUAGAUUACACUGUUAUUUGUGUUUGGUACAGAAUGUAGACAUCUUAAUUUCUUGUCGUUUGCUGUGAUGCACACACCACAUUUUUGUGAAUUUCAUGAAAAUAAGGUAAUAUUUAUGUAGCUUGUAUAUAAAGAAACUGUCUAGAAAUCUCACAUUGCAUACUAUUUUUUGUCCUGGCAUUAAUACUGUGGACAUUUAAUUGUUAAGUUGUGAGAUGAUGUGAUGAUAUCCUCAGUGAGUGCUACAACUGUUAUUAUUGUCUUUGUGAAAGAGGUGAUUUUGAGAAAUGUAUCUUAUGUAUGUAGGCAUGUGAGAGUGUGUGCAUGUACACUUAUUAGAAAUUUCAAUUGAAUGUUGAAAUCUGAAAUGUGUUUUAAGAUAAAGCUGAAACAUUCUGGUGGAUGUUAUACAUAGCUAAUCUGACAGGCUUAAUGGGAAUACAUUGUAUUGUCAUGGUGCUGUGAAAAUUUUUAAUAUUUACUAUAAUUCAAAUUUUUGUUUAACAAAACCUGAAGCAAAAAGGAGGGGUUUUUUUUCAAAGAAAUGGUGAAACGGAUGAUAAUUUUAGCAAAUUGUAUGUACAACAUACAUGUAUUUAUUCUUCCGUGACCUUGGUUUGUCCGAAGAUAGAACAUAGAAUUAAUAAAUGAAGGAUAGGAACGGAUCCUUUGAUUUUGGGUGAUCGAAAAUGUCAGAUAACAUUUCCAAGCAACAGAAAAUAUCACUUCACUAUGUAAUAGUGCUGCAGUAUGUAGUAAUUGGGUGGUGUUUUAAUCCGACUGAUUGAGUGAGAUUAUGUAUUAUGUGUUUGUAUUGAAUCUCUAAUAUCACUUUCUAUAGUGUCUGGUAUCGGAUACAAAUCAUACACAGAUAUUUGGUAUCGGAUACAAAUCAUACACAGGUAUUUGUGAAAAAAAAUUUAAUUAAAAAUACUUAAAAUGACAAA